AUGACUGAAACACUGCAGCUGCGCGGCCAGCUUCUUGGCCAUUCCGGAUGGGUCACCCAAAUUGCAACCAAUCCGAAGUAUCCUGAUAUGAUUCUGUCCUCAUCUCGCGACAAAACUCUCAUCGUGUGGAAGCUGACUCGUGAUGAAUUGAGCUACGGCAUUCCGCAAAAGCGUCUGUACGGACACUCGCAUUUCAUCUCGGACGUAGUGCUGUCGUCCGACGGCAACUAUGCUCUGUCCGGAUCGUGGGACAAAACCCUUCGACUGUGGGAUUUGGCAGCAGGCCAAUCGACCCGCCGUUUCGAAGACCAUACCAAGGAUGUCCUUUCGGUUGCAUUCUCGGUAGACAAUCGUCAAAUUGUCUCGGGAUCACGCGACAAGACGAUCAAGCUGUGGAACACUCUGGCCGAGUGUAAGUACACCAUCCAGGAGGAUGGACACUCCGACUGGGUGUCGUGUGUGCGAUUCUCGCCGAACCACACCAACCCUAUUAUUGUGUCGGCCGGUUGGGAUCGUGUUGUGAAGGUAUGGAAUCUGGCAAACUGCAAGCUGAAGAUUGACCAUCUUGGACACAACGGUUAUCUCAACUCGGUGUCCGUCUCGCCGGACGGUUCGCUGUGCACGUCGGGCGGCAAGGAUUGCCGCGCCUUCCUGUGGGAUCUGAACGAUGGCAAGCAUCUGCACACGUUGGAGCACAACGAGGUCAUAAACGCGCUGUGCUUCUCGCCCAACCGUUACUGGCUUUGCGUUGCCUAUGGACCAUCGAUUAAGAUCUGGGAUCUUGCCUCCAAGACGAUGGUCGAAGAGCUGAAGCCGGCCAAGAAUGGAGAUCCUCCACAGUGUCUGUCGCUUGCCUGGUCUACCGAUGGUCAGACCCUCUAUGCUGGUUAUUCCGACAACAUCAUCCGCGUCUGGCAGGUGUCUGUUUCUGCUCGUUAA